UCAAAGGGAGAACGUCUCCGGCAACUUUUACGCAAGGACUCGCACUUUUACGCACGGCACUUUUACGCAGCGUGGUUGUUGUUGUUGUUUUUUUUCUCCGAGUCAUGUAGGAACGUUGCGAAGUUUGCUAACGAUUCAUUGCAGCUUCUCCAAUGGCUCAGACAUUUGUGACCAAUCUCUCCGUGGGGAACUUACUCUAAGAAGGCUGUUUUGAAGUUAAAAGAGACGAAAGAAAAAAGGAAAGAGGUCAUGCCACGACCAGGGAAAAACUCUUAUAGUGACCAGAAGCCUCCUUAUUCGUACAUCUCCCUGACGGCCAUGGCCAUCCAGAACUCCCAAGACAAGAUGUUACCCCUGAGUGACAUCUACAAGUUCAUCAUGGAGCGCUUCCCCUACUACAGGGACAACACGCAGCGCUGGCAGAACUCCCUGCGGCACAAUCUGUCCUUCAACGACUGCUUCAUCAAGAUCCCCCGGCGGCCCGAUCAACCCGGCAAGGGCAGCUUUUGGGCCCUGCACCCGGAUUGCGGUGACAUGUUCGAGAACGGUAGCUUCCUGCGGCGCCGCAAACGCUUCAAAGUGCUGCGCGCCGAGCUGGCGGCGUGCAAGAGCUCGCCCAUGUUGCAUUACUUCCACCAUCAGCAUCACCACCACCACCCGCAGCAGGGCGGCAAGCCGGGCCACCAGGAUCCCACCGGUCGCCUGCCCUUCAUGCACUCGCCGGUGACGCCCUCGCACUUCCAAAGUUACGGGGGCAUCGCCUGCGCCCAGCCGGGUGGCUUUAAACACCCGUUCGCCAUCGAGAAUAUCAUCAGUCGGGACUACAAGGGCGUCGUGCCCCUCACCUCCGUCAUGCACCACCUGGGCUACCCGGUGCCCCCUCAGCUGAUGACCUCCGUGUGGCCCCACGUCGGGAUGCUGUCUGAGCCUCUGGCACCGUCCCCGGAGUACGCGCCCUUUGGGGUCCCGGCAAAAAGCCUGUACCACCACCACCACCACCAUCACAGCGCCAGCGGGCCUGCGCUACCCGCGGUGCCGGUGCCGAUAAAACCCACGCCGGCACUCAUGUCACACGGUCUGAGCGGAAUGUCCAUGCCGGCUUCCUCCUCCUCCUCCUCCUCCUCCACCAUCUCCACCUCCUCCUCAUCCCACCAAGGAGAUGCUCUGGAGGGGAAAGGCAACCUUAUACACCCGGCCCUCCUUCUGUCUUAAUCACACGGUGGAUGACUGCGCCGCAAAAGAGACACACAAAAAAAAUCUUGAACACGGUGUCAAAAAUAUUUGUAGGCGAUAAGGUAUGGUUUUGUUUGCACCGUUUAUUUAACAUUUGAGAUUUAUUAUGUAAGUACAAUCAGACACGCUGAACCCAAAGAAACGUAGCCCGAAAAACUUUCUCCCAAUUUUCAUUCCACAUUUUAUUGAAA